AUGUAGUCAAUCCUUAAACAAUGUGAAUGUUUGGAUGAAGAAUAUAAAUAAUUAGUCAAAAAUAUAGAGAAUAUGUUAGAUAACUUAAGUAUAGUGAGUCUGGAAUUUGUGAAUUCUAAAUUAGAAUUUUUAGAAAAUUACUCUGAAACUCUAAAAUCUAGUUAGAUUGAUGCUCGUUUGCAUCGUAACUCAUAAAUAAAGAAUUUAAUUGAGUAUAUAAAGAUGCAUAAGAAAACUUAGGUUAAAUCUUAAGCAUAAUCUCCACCGUCAAAAAUGGCUAAUCAUAGACCAAAGUAUUCUUUCAAUGAAAACACAUUUUCUACUUUUCUUCAUGAAAAUAUGAAUUAAUUUACUCAGCAAAAAACUCUAAACAAUGAGACAGAAUUACCAAAUUAAAAGAUAUAGGUUCUUAAAUAAAAAAGCUUGAAUACUUUAUAAAUUUUAAUUAAGAAAUAAAAAAAUGAAUAAAGAAAGGAAAACGAAGAUAUUUUUAAGCUAUUAUAAAAAUGCAUGAAUCAUAUAAGUAAUAACAAACAUUUAUUUGAUGAAUAUCAUGAUUUAUAAGAGGAAUAUCAAGUGAUAGUUUAGAACAAUAAACACAUUCUAAGCAAAGUAAAUUUAGAGAUUAAGUCUUGUAUGAUAAAGCAGAAUAUAUCUUAAUUGAUGGCAAGCUAAGAAUCAUUUAAAUCGUACUUAGACUCAAUAAUAUGA